UAGUCGAAAAAUCCCUCAAAAAGUUGAACCCAAUAUUCAAAUCGCACCCGACCUCCCCCGGCCCUCCGCCUAUCGCCACCGAUGAUGGGUACUCUGCAGAACCCGACUCCGAACUCGUACUCGAAUCGAAGCCCGUUACCAAAUUCAAACCCCACGUCGAACCCCAGUCCGAGUCCAGCUCCAGGAUCAAAGUCUCCGUCCUUUGAGGAGGUGUCCACAUUGUUCUCGGUUCCACUCUCCGACGCCGCGGACUCUCUUGGUGUUUGUCCUAGUGUUCUAAAGAAAGUCUGCUAUGAAAAUGGUCUUGUCAGGUGGCCAUAUCGAAAGUUUCUCUCUGGAAAGAGCAUUGAAGAAAUUAAGAAGGAUGCUGCAAUAGAAAAAGAGAAGCAACUUGCUGAACUAAAAGUUGCUGGAGAAAGGAAGGAGACUUUGGCAAGUUCAGCUGUAUCAUCAUCUCUAGGCCCUCGCCCUCAGAUCACAAACAUUGGCUCUUCACAGGAAACUUCGACUUUACGAAUGCUUCCACAGCAGCCAACCAAGGAUAACCAAACCGAGACUUCACUUAAUAUGCAUAGCUCAACCAUGAACAAAGCGAAUUCAGCCACCUUCGAUGAAUUUAAGUACGGAUUCCCAUCACACGGCUUAUCAAGUGUCUCAUAUAGAUGGUGGGGAAGCAGAAGUGACAAUGAUAGUAGUGGUGAUAGUCAGCAAACUGGCAGUGAAAAUGCCGAGGAAAGGAUGCAACAAGGUAAGGUUUCGGUGGAUACUGCUGCUGAUCUAUCAUCAGCUGAUGGGGAGCAACAGCGUAAGGUUUUGGUGGAUACUGCUGCUGAUAUAUCUUCAGCUGAUGGGGAACAACAAGGUAAGGGAUCAGUAGGUGCUGCUGCUGAUCUAUCAUCAGCUGAUGGGGAGCAACAAGGAAAGGGAUCAGUGGAUGCUGCUGCUGAUCUAUCAUCAGCUGAUGGGGAGCAACAAGGUAAGGAUUCAGUGGAUACUGCUGUGGAUCUAUCAUCAGCUGAUGGAGAGGAGACUGAAGCCAAGAAAAAUGAAACGCAUUCAGAUCCACAGUGGGCAGGUUUACUGUCUGCUUUGAGGAAGAGAGCAAACAAAGAAGGGAAACAAGCUCUUAAACUCGGCGUUUACAAAAAACACAACAUGACAACUCUUGACCGAAACAAAAAGAUGGUGCUGCUUCAGAUAUUCAAAUCAUCUUUGCUGUCUGACUGGGUAGAUAUAUCCGCUGGAAAUUGAAGUUUGGAUCCAAGCUUGAUUUAUAUAUUUGAAUGAAUUACAAGGAUAAAGAUUUAAUAGGCUUUAGAGACCGUCCCUUGGUCGUUUCUACAUAGUUUAUCACCGAUUAUAGAUCGACAUAUCCAUGUUUCUAGUUGGAAGCCUACUUGGAAGGAUGACAUAUUACAUAGUAUCCAUUUGGUAUCUUUCAAAUGUAUGUGGUGUUGUGCAGCUCAAUGUUCUCUAAAUUGAAUCUUUAUGAACCUGUCAA